AUGAUGAACGCGACCACGCAAAGUAGAAGUAGCUGCCCGAUCUGGGAGUCGAGGAAGGAGUCUGGCUCCAGACUCCCAGCUCUCGUCUCACCGAGGGGCGAUAGACGAUUUUGAAAACCUCUUCCGAAACUUCUCGAUCGGCCUUGGCCUGGCGCCACCAACACUCGGCAGCAGCUUGGGGCGGCGGCUGCAGAUCGGCUCCAAGUCGCACAAGUCCCGGCUGCAGCUCCACCACAGGCAUCAAUAGCACCACCGACGACGACGACGACGACGAGGAUGAGGAUGAGGACGACAACAAAGACGAAGACGACGACGAAGACGAAGACGAUCCAAGCACGUUAA